UUCGCUCUCUCAUCGUCGCUGCCAGUUCAUCAGUUUGAACGCUGGCCGAUCACGCGGACACGGAACCAACCAACCCUCCAUCACAACCGUCCGUCCAUCCCCAAUCCCCGCAAUAUUCUACUCCCGCGCAGCGAUAUAGCCUCGCCCCUCUCCCGAGGCGUCUCCUCCAUUCCACACCACACUCUUCCAAUAGACGAGCUCCACGACACGGCGGCCAAUGCACGCGCCGCAAUGACGGCGCCCAAGACGCUCAUCUUCCUCUUCCUCAUCCUAGCGCCGCAGCUCCUCGCUGGGGCGUUCGUCAGCCGCGGCCUGAGCGCCGCCGACGAGGCGCGGAUCAGGCGCCGCCAGCUGCUCCACUACAACAGCGGCGGCGGCGACGAUGGCGGCGACGCGUACGUGGACCCGUCGUACGCGUUCCCGAACCCGCGCCUCGGCGACGCGUACGUGGCGCUGCAGGCGUGGAAGCGCGCCAUCCUCUCCGAUCCCUUCAACGUGACGGGCACCUGGGACGGCGCCGACGUGUGCGCCUACCACGGCGUCUUCUGCGCGCCCUCGCCGCUGGACCCCUACCUCACCGUCGUCGCCGCGGUCGACCUCAACCACGCCGACAUCGCGGGACACCUCCCCGAGGCGCUGGGCCUGCUCGCCGACCUCGCCGUGCUGCACCUCAAUUCCAACCGUUUCUGCGGUCUGGUCCCGCGGUCGCUCGAGAAGAUGAGCAUGCUCCACGAGCUCGACCUCAGCAACAACCGCCUCGUCGGGGCCUUCCCGAACGUCGUGCUCCGGCUGCCGAGCCUCAAGUACCUCGACCUCCGGUUCAACGACUUCGAGGGCCCCGUGCCGCGCGAGCUCUUCGACCGCCCGCUCGACGCCAUCUUCGUCAACUCCAACCGCUUACGCUUCCAGAUCCCUGACAACGUUGGCAACUCGCCGGCGUCCGUCCUCGUGCUCGCCAACAACGACUUCGGCGGCUGCCUCCCGGCGUCCCUCGCCAACAUGUCCGGCACGCUCAACGAGAUCAUACUCAUGAACACGGGGCUCAAAUCCUGCGUCCCGCCGGAGCUCGGCGCUCUCACCGGACUCACCGUGCUCGACCUCAGCCACAACGAGCUCAUGGGUGCCAUCCCCGACGAGCUCGCGCGGCUCGAGAGCAUCGAGCAGCUCGACCUCGGUCACAACCGGCUCGUCGGUGACGUGCCGGAGGGGAUCUGCCACCUGCCGCACCUCCAGAACUUCACCUACUCCUACAACUUCAUCACCGGCGAGCCACCCGAGUGCCUCCACGUCAAGAGCCUGAACGACCGCCGGAACUGCAUCCCCGACCGCCCCGAUCAGAGGUCACCGGAGCAGUGCCAAUUCUUCAAGAACCACCACGUCAAUUGUGACGCCUUUAGGUGCAAGAAGUUUGUGCUGCCGUCGCCACCGCCGCCGCCGCCGUCUCCUCCUCCUCCAUCACCGUCGCCCCCGCCACCUUCACCUCCGCCGCCAUCUCCUCCUCCGCCCUCACCAUCGCCUCCGCCACCUUCGCCGUCUCCCCCACCACCUUCACCUCCUCCGCCGUCUCCUCCACCUCCAUCUCCAUCACUCCCUCCUCCCCCUCCCCCGCCGCCGUCUCCACCUCCGCCAUCUCCAUCACCUCCACCUCCUUCCCCUCCACCGCCGUCUCCAAUGUACCACUCCUCACCGCCGCCUCCGACCUACCACGAGGUCCCACCGCCGCCCUACUACGAGGUCUCACCGGAGGACCGAUACCUCUCGCCGCCGCCUCCGGCGUACCAUGAGGCACCACCGCCACCCUACUACGAGGUGUCGCCGGAGAACCGUUACCUCUCGCCGCCACCCCCGGCUAGCGUCCCCAAGUACGACUACUCGUCGCCCCCGCCGCCUGCUUCCCCGCCAUUAUACAAGCUGCCGGUGUACGACUACUCGUCGCCUCCGCCGCCUGCUUCCCCACCAUUGUACAAGCUGCCGGUGUACGAUUACUCGUCGCCGCCACCGCCGGCGUGGAAACCAUAAAAAUUGAUUCUUUUCGAGAAUUUUUGCAUACAUUGUGAUCAUGCGUUGUUAAUUCGUUGUGGUAAAAAGGUGUUGCUAAAUUAAUCCUUGGUGUUAUCCCUUUCUUUUUUGUACUUCUAUUUUCUUAUCUUUUUUCUUCUGUAAUUGAUUUGGUUACGUUA